AUGUCUUUCUUCUACCCUCAUCAUCAUCCCCAACAACCAUCGGGCUACAGCCCCAGCUUCUUCGAUCUGUUGGAUCGACAAGAGUCUCCUUUCUACACACCAGCCGAGCCGUAUAACAGCUACCCUCGCCGACCCUACUCGCAUUCCCAAUAUCCUCAUCCUCACCCCCAUCGUCAGUCUCCUACCGGCUUGUUCCGUCCCGAAGAUUUGGCCUACAAUGAGCCCUAUCCUUCUCCAAACAUCCAUCCACUCCAUCAGUUACGCCAACGGAAGUUGGACCGUGAUGCUCUCGAAAACUGUCCUCAGAGCUUGGGCUAUCAUAAUUCCCAUCCACUCCAUCAGUUGCGUCAACAUAAGCUCGAUCGAGAUGCCCUCGAAACCCGUUCGAAUUGUGGCCUUAAUCCAUCUCGGCGAGUCUCAUUGCGUGAGAACCCUCCGAACUAUGAGGAUUCCUUACGUACCGAAAGAGCCCGAAGACUAGCAGAAGCGAAGAUGAGACAACUAGGAGUAGGACAACCCAAGCGAGCCGAGGAGGAAGAGAUGAAAGUGGAGCUGACGCUUCCCGACGGCAGAGAAUGUAUUGUGCCGAUAUCGUGGGCAAGGAAGAUGCAAAGGAAGUACCCAGGAAUCUUGACGAAUGGGAUGAUCAGACCACACCGGAGCGAUUUCUAUGUGCUCGAUCCUACCCAAGAUCCAUCAGUGCCUGUCCUCGGUAGUUCUUCUUUAUCAUCCCCUCCUCCAGCCGGUCGACGGAGCUCGCCGACUGUUCGAGCGCAACCGCCGCCGCCGCCCCCUCCUCCCAAACAUUCAGCCGAAGAACUGGAUGCCGCUGCCCGUCUGAUUCAACAACAGUUCAGGGCCCAUCGAUCGUUGAAGCAUCUGGCCGAGCUGGAGUCGACAUUCGACAAGCUCAAGAGCGAGUUCGUCUACCCGGCGCUACUGGACCUGAAAUUUGUGGACUCGCCGGACCAAUCCGCAAGCAAUGCGACGCCCUCGUCGACCAAGUUGACCUUCGGCCAUCCCGUCAAUCGGUCCGUCCAAGCCUUUGAGGAAGGGCUCACUCAACUGCAAAUCAAGGCCGAUGCGAUCCUCUCCAGAGGCAAUCCCAAGAUCAAGGGAUGGCGCAAACAGCUCAUCAAGGCUGUCGAGGCCCAGCUCGACCAACUCGAGCGCUUCAAAUCUCAGGCUUGGACCACCCAGCAUCUCGCCCACCUCGAAAGCUUGAACAACAAUCAAAACAAUGUCCAAUCUUGUGAAGAUGUGGAGAUGAAUGACGAGAUUGUGAAUACUGAUGUCGAGAGUGUCGCGGCUUCCGAUCAUAUCAACAUAGACUCAGAUGCAAUAGCGACUCCAUUAACGAAUGGAGAAGUAGCCGACGCUGCGAAAAGAUCAGAACACGAAGAUCAUCUGAUCAUCCCGGCCCCGGAGGUCUCCAACAAAUCAAUGGAGACUCUUGUUAUUCCAGCCAGUUCCACACGCGCUCCUUCUCCCACUGAUGAUGAUACGACGGCCUCUAUCGCACAGGACGAUCCUCCCGUCGUCUCCUCUUGCAGUAUCCUUACCCCCUCGGUCACCAACGAUGGCGACUUGAUCUGUCCCGCUCCUGCGGCCUCCAUCAGCUCCGACGAUAUCCUUGUGUCACCUGUUUGA